UGAAGGCAGGGUUGCCCUUCAGUGAAGCUAAAGCGAUACAUGAGCUAAGCUAACCUGGUAGACGUUACCCCGGUGUAUUCUUGCUGUACUUGGAAUAACUGUACUCAAAAGGAAACCAUAUCGCUGUGGACCAUGGCGGCAAGAAUUUUGCCUGUUAUAAAACUGGCCACCAAGGUGACCAUUGCAGGAGGAGCUGUGUAUGUUGCCUAUGACUCUGGUCUACUGGGAAGCAGUGAGCAGGGCUCAGUGGCUUUGGAGAAAGCCAAAGCAGUAGUUCCACCUGCCGUGGAAGAGUGGAUGAAGUACUUUGGCCUGGAGGCUCAGCUUCCAACGAUGCCUACGAUUGAAUUUUCCCCUGUUGAGUCCUGGAAUUCUGGAGUGCGAUGGACGAUUUCAUCUCUUUCAGAUGCUCCAACAAAAGCAACUGAGUACACAAGUCAGGGUUUGCAGUACGUCAAAGACCUCACCAAGUGAACAAGAAUUCUCUGGACAACCUGAUAUUUAUCAAUAUUUUCUUUUGACUUUGCACUUAGAGAAAUUACCUCCUCAAAAGUUGUAGUCCCUCAGAAGAAAGAAGAAACACCCAACAUGAAAGAAAAACUGCUAGAUGAAAAGGAGUGUUGUCUCCCAAGUGGGUACUGUGUUCUCUAAAUGAUUGUGGCAUUGGCUGUGAGUUGUGUUGUACAUAACAAUCAAACACAGAAUGUUUUUAAAAAUGUGUUCUUUCAUUCUGUGUAUACCAACAAAUUUAACUUUGCUCAACGGUCUAAUAUACAAUAUUUUGCUCCCCUUUGUUCUCCAAUCACACAAAUCAUGUUAUGAAGAUGUCUGUAUAUAUGCAGUUUCACCGUUUGUGAAUAAAUACAUCAAUCUCAAACA